AUGAAAGAAUCUGCUGGAAUUUUCACGGAUCCGGAGGUGGUGUCACAAUCUCCAGUAUCGCUAUGGCGUAAUGUUGUACAAACGUACCCCUCGCUACCGCUCUGGACUAUCGCCUUCAUCCUGCUGCUAUGUAUUGAAAUUAGGCUAUUUUUCUGUGCCUGGUACAAAAUCGCCUGGCGAAGCAACGAAGAUGGAGGAGAAAAAGCUGAAAAACAUCCUCCUUCCUAUGCAUACUGCAUCUCACAAGGCACAUCUGAUGUUUGUUCUGCUGAUGAUUUGCCCUCCUACGAAGAGGCGGUCCGCCGAAGCAGUGUGCAGAAGCCGUGCUGUUCGAAGUCGCUUUUGCCCCGCACUGACUCAAGUCGCACCAAUCUGAAAGCCUCUGAUUCUGCUCAAAACGAAGCUCAGACGCCAGUCUCUGGGAAUGCGAAAGCUCAACUGAAAACACAAGUGCAAAGUUAUCCACAAACGAAUACGAACGUAUCGAGAAUCACUUCAUCGCGACCACGACCGCAGCGAGUCGUGGCCAUCCAAAUCGAGCAACCACCCGUGGAAACAGAACGACGAUGACGAACCUCGAUCUCUACAACGAAUAUUCUUCAUUUUUGUAAAGAAGUUUUUAUGUACAUAUGUAUAUAAUAAAUAUCAUAUAUUUACGCUAUGAAUGUUGUAUAUAAAAAUUUGAGCACGGACC